AUGUUAGAGGAUGUACCCGUCCACGGAAGUCGGAGCGACGUCCGAACCCCCAAAGCUGCAACCCAUCAGAGAAACCUUAGUCUGGAUUUCAGACAUGUGACGGGUUCAAACGGGCCGCCUGCAGGAUGCGGACACCAAAGAAACAGAUCCCUGGACUCUGUGCUCCAGAGGAUACCAGAAGACAUGACACCUACGUCGCCAGAGGGGGCGCCACUUCGAAUUCCUAUCGAAGUGCCCGCUCCGAGAUUAGCGCUUCCCCCAGAGGUGCCCACGGGCUCAGAUGACUCCGGCAUCCACACGCCCCCAGAUGGCAAUGAUGAAGAACGCCCACAACCCCCAGCCGCUGCAAGGUCAAGAGAAAGUUUAGACUCCGGUAAUCCUGAAGAUACAGAUAAACCUCCUGAACCUCCCGAUACAAUAGAAACAUCAGUGAAAUCAGACAUUUGUGCCGCUGAAACAUCUAAAAACAAAGACUUUCUGCUCCGGUUGUUCGAAAGUAAACUGUUCGACAUGAGUAUGGCGAUCUCAUACCUGUUCAACUCCAAAGAACCGGGUGUGCAGACCUAUCUGGCAAACAAACUAUUUUCAUUCCCAUACGAAGACGUGGAUUUCUACCUGCCACAAUUAGCGACUAUGUAUAUAGAAAUGGGCGAUGUGGCGGACGUGUUGAAACCGUAUUUGGUGUUCAGGUGUAAACAAAGUGCUGAAUUUUCACUAAGACUCGCGUGGUUAUUGACUGCUUUCGGAGGUGACGCUAAGAGAUCGAGAGCAACGAAACUUAGGGAUUCCAUAUUGGCCGAGGAGAUCAGGCCAGCAGCGAGAAGAGGGCACCACAGGUCGCAGUCUGAUGCAUCUGCAUUAAGGCUUGCCACUCCUUCGGGAAGGCACCUUGGAGACCUGGCAUCUGGUCGAGCUUUCGACAAUGGAUGCCUCUGUGGUGAACAGUGUUCGUGUGGAGCACCAAGACUGGCGCCUCAAAUACAGUUUCUGACGUCACUGACGAACAUUGGCCGUCGUCUCGCCGGGGUCGCGGACAAGGAGCGUCGUAAUGGCCGUCUCAGGGCCGAACUAGCGACGCUAGACCUCAACCUCCCUGCUCGGGUGUGGUUACCUUUACACCAGAGGCCGCACUAUGUGCUCAGGAUACCACCGCAUGCUGCUGCCGUCCUGAACAGCAAAGAUAAGGCCCCAUACAUAAUGUACGUGGAAGUCUUAGAAACAGACGGUCACGAGCCCCUACCGCCUCGUCUCCUACCACCAGCGCCUCCUGCACCACACUCACCACCAAUCAGACAUACGAAGAGUGAAGAGAACCUGGUACCAGAGUGGCCAGCACUAUCCUUAUAUUCUGGAUUAGAUGAUGGAGACGCAGGCGACUGUUGGAGUCAUGAUGAUGAGGAGCUCAGUACCCAGUACUCACAUAGAGCGCCGGCACCGGAUAGCUUGUCACAGGUGUCAGCAGUAUCAGCUCUGUCGACGUCGUCGUGUGGGUCGCGCGAGUCAGUGGCCGUAGGUGCGGGCGAGGUGCGGCGCCGACUGGCCGACGCCACGGCCGCGCCGCCACCCAACGCCUUCAGACAUGAUCCCGCUGAUCCAUCCGCUACGGCGCUCAAGGAAUCGUGGGAAAGCAAAUACGCUAGAAUGCGUUCAUCAUCCCCAUACGGAGCGCUCAGUGGUUGGCGUCUACUCGGCUGUAUCGUCAAAGUAGGAGACGACUUACGUCAGGAAAUGUUGGCGGCACAACUGCUGCGAAGGCUACAAGCUGCCUGGGUCGCCGAGCGAGUGCCACUGAAGCUCAGACCAUAUGAAAUACUCUGUCUUGAUAAGGAGUGCGGUCUUAUACAACCCGUCCUGAACUCAGUAUCGCUGCAUCAGAUCAAGAAGCAAUCAGGCAAGUCUCUCCGCGCCUGGUUGGAGUUGGAACAUGGUCCUCCCAACAGUGAGGGCUUCCUCCGCGCACAGAAUAACUUCGUGGAAUCCGCGGCCGCAUAUGCCCUUACCAGCUACCUUCUGCAACUUAAGGAUAGGCAUAACGGAAAUAUCUUACUGGAUAGCACGGGCCACAUAAUCCACAUAGAUUUUGGAUUCAUAUUCUCAAUAUCACCAAAAAAUCUUGGAUUUGAGAGCUCACCAUUUAAGUUGACACAAGAGUUUGUGGACGUGAUGGAUGGCGAGAAUUCCGAUAUGUUCCAGUACUUCAAGAUUCUAAUCUUGCGCGGUCUCAUCGCGGCGCGUAAGCAUUGCGACCAGAUCAUACACGUUGUGGAACUCAUGCGCAUGGGCGGCCAGUUGUCGUGCCUGCGCAGUAGCAGCGCGGUGUCGUCGUUCCGCGCGCGCUUCCACGUGGGCCGCACGGAGCCGGCGCUGGCCGCGCUCGUGGAGCGCCUCGUGCGGGACGCGCUGCACUCGCUGUCCACGCGGCUCUACGACAACUACCAGUACUACACCAACGGCAUACUCUAG